AUGCCUUCAACAACGCGGCAGUCUCUGUUCCGCAAGGUCCAAAGCUUCAAGAUCGACUAUGCUCCAUGCACAAUCACCCAGUAUGUGUCGGAGCGAAGCGGCAUGCAGGUCGUCGUUGCCGAUCGACAAGGCCCCAAAAUCAAUGGAUACUUCACCUUGGCCACCGAGAUUUUCGAUGACUCUGGUGCUCCACAUACUCUGGAACACCUGGUGUUUAUGGGCUCCAAGAGCUACCAGUUCAAGGGCCUUUUGGACAAGCUGUCCUCUCGCGCGCACUCGGGCACAAAUGCUUGGACCGCAACAGACCAUACCGCUUAUACCCUUGAGACAGCAGGCUGGGAAGGAUUUGCACAGGUUCUUCCCAUCUACUUGGAACACAUCAUCCUACCUACAAUUACCGAUGAAGCAAUCACCACCGAGGUUUGGCAUAUUGACGGCCAGGGUAACGAUGCUGGUGUGGUUUAUUCCGAGAUGCAAGCUGUCCAAUUCCGCAGCCCCGAGAUCAUGGACCUCAAGGCCCGUCGCCUGUUAUACCCGGAAAAUGUGGGAUUUCGUUAUGAGACGGGUGGAAUGACUGAAGCAUUGCGUGUUCUGACACCUGAGCGCAUUCGCCAAUUCCACCGUGACAUGUAUCAACCACGUAAUCUUUGUCUUGUUAUCGUAGGCGAGACUGACCAUGUCGACUUGUUGCAAAUUUUGGAUGAGUUUGAGGAGAGCAUCAAGGACGACAUUCCGCCUUUGGACGCCAAAUUUGACAGGCAAUCCAUUGUCACAAUCGCCGAAUUUCCUGAAGAGGAUGAAUCGGUUGGCGAGAUUCUCAUUGGGUUCUUUGGGCCCAACUGCGUCGAUCUAAUUGAAACUUCUGCUCUCAACAUUCUGCUCACAUACUUGUGCGGCUCGUCAGUUUCCGUCCUGGAGAACGUGUUAGUCGAGAAAGAAGAGCUUGCUAGCUCUAUAACACAAUGGUGGGAAGCCCGACCAAACUCCGUAAUUUGGCUCCAGCCAACAGGUGUCGCAACGGAAAAGCUCGAGUUUGUGGAAAAGCGGCUGAUGGAGCUUCUGAAGGAGGUUGCCAGUAAGCCGCUUGACAUGGAAUACAUGCUCGAAUGCAUCAAGCGGGAGAAGCGCCAAGUCAAAUUCCACGCAGAAACCUCAGAGUCGUUCUAUGCGACCAACAUCAUUACUGAUUACCUUUUUGGCAAGCGAGACGGCUCGACACUUCAAGAGCUUGGGACUCUUAGUGAGUACGAUGUUCUGGAGAAGUGGACAGACGAGCAAUGGCGAGCUUUUUUGAGCAAGUGGAUGGCUAACGCCCACCAUGUUUCUAUCCUCGGCAAACCGUCACAUGAACUAGCCAAGAAAAUGAAGGCUGGUGAAGAGGCCAGAAUCGCCAAGAGAAAAGAAGAGCUCGGAGCAGAGGGACUAGAAAAGUUAGCUAAGCGCCUUGAGGAUGCUAAGAAGAAGAAUGACGAGCCCAUCCCGGCCGAAGUCAUUGAUCGGUGGAGUGUCCCUGGCACAGAAUCGAUCCAUUUUAUUGAGUCUGAUACUGCACGAUCAGGACGGGCCAAAUCAAUCGGUUUGGGAAUCGGCCAGGCACAGAAGGUCAUCGACUCUGCCACAGAUGGUAAACUACCACUCUUCAUCCAGUUCGAGGAUGUGCCCACCAACUUUGUUCACAUCACCAUUCACCUGGGCACGUCGCAAGUACCAUUUGAGUUGAAACCACUAUUGUCCAUAUUUAGCGACAACUUCUUCAACACUCACAUCUUGCGAGAUGGCAAGCAAGUUGACUUUGAGCAAGUCGUCAUGGAACUUGAGCGGGACAGUAUCGGCUAUAACAUUGGAUCUGCUCGCUCGCUUGGUGAUGCUGACGGUUUCAUGAUUGGUUUCCAGGUCGAGCCCGAUAAGUACUCUGCGGCAGUCCAUUGGUUGCGAACUAUGAUGUUUGACUCCGUCUUUGAUCCCCAGCGUCUUGGGGCUGCCGUCACCAAGGCCCUCGCCGAUAUUCCUGAAGCUAAGCGUGACGGCCGUGGAAUGGCUGUAGAGAUCGAUACCGCCAUCCACAUGGACAAGACAUCCUUAGCCGUAGCCAGGCGCACCCUGGUCAAGGCCGUCUAUCUCAAACGCCUCAAGAAGCUCCUCAAAAGUGAGCCAGAGAAGGUCAUCGAGUGGUUCCACACCAUUCGCAAGUCGCUUUUCACCUUCCAAAACAUGCGCCUCCUCGUCACCGCAAAUGUGUCCAAGCUUCAAAAUCCCCUCACCACCUGGAACACACUCGCAGAAAGUUUGACAACCCAAGAAGACAUGGUUCCCAUUCCCAAGUUUGUAAACCUCCUCAAUGACGAAGGUCGCAAACCAGGUUCCGUCGGCGCCAUUAUUGUGCCCAUGACUACACUUGAUAGCUCGUACUCUGUAAGCACCGCACCAAGCAUCACAUCCCUCUCGGAUCCCAAGUUCCCUGCCAUCAUGGUAGCAAUCGGCUACCUCGAGACUGUAGAAGGACCUCUCUGGAGUGCCGUCCGUGGAGCCGGGUACGCCUACGGCUCCUACUUCUCACGCAACGUCGACUCGGGACUCCUGUCCUAUCGUGUGUAUCGCUCCCCAGACGCAUACAAAGCCAUCUCCGCAUCCCGCGAUGCCAUCCACAAGAUUGCCGUCGGCGAAGUGCCCAUCGACAAGCACCUCCUCGAAGGAACCAUUAGCCAAAUCGUCGUUAUGUUCGCUGACGAGCAAGCCACCAUGCCGAGUGCUGCUCAACAAAAUUUUGUACGUAGCGUCGUACGUGGCCUUCCCAAGGACUGGAGCAAAGACGUGCUCCGACAGGUGCGGGAUGUCACCAUCAACGAGAUGAAGAGUGUCAUGCAAGAGUUUAUUUUGCCUUGUUUUGAACCGGGGAAGAGCAAUGUAGUGGUUACUUGCGCCAAGUUAAUGUCCAAGAAUAUGGAAACCGCCUUUAAAGGUAUGGGAUACAAGGUGCAGACCCAUGAAUUGAGCUAUUUUCAUGACGAUUAUGGCCUAAAAGCUGGUGAAGAAGAAGAAGAGGAAGACGAAGAAGAGGAAGAAGAAGACGGAGGCUCGGAAGGUUCAUAUGACGAAUCGGACGAACCGGACGAAGAUUAG